UCGCGGGAGCUGAACCCUCGCUGCUGUUGGGGCAGACUCCCAGCAGUUACUGCCCGGGGUAGGAGAGGCCCGUUGGGACCAGGGGUUCACACCCAGGAUUUCCGCUGCACUGCUGCGCGCUUGGCCGGUCCAGUCUUGCUGCGAGGCCCCCCUCCAAGGAGACCAGGUCCUCAGUUCCUGAGGGUUUACAAGCACCAGUGUAACUACCCAGAUAAUUCCAGCCUCUGUGAUCACAGAAGCGCUUCUUUGGUGAAGGUCGGAGAUGGAGGAAGAAGAACUGGAGAACAGGAGGAAAAGAAGAACAGAAGUUAAAAGGAAAAUGAUAAUCCUCUCAGUCUUGUUAUGUGGAGGUUUUGCCAUUCUUCUUUGGCUGAUGUUAAAAUUUCCGAGAAAAAUUGGAAUUAAAAUAAUGAAUAAGAAUUGCACAGAUGAUAUGAGGAUGUGUCCACCUGACUGGGACCUAAUCAUUCAAAAGUGUUUCUUUCAAUCUGAACAUGAAAUGACUUGGGUGGAGGGACAAAGACACUGCAGAAAAUAUUUUGCAUCUCUGGCCAAGAUCACCUCCUGGACUGAAAUGGAAUCUUUGGCAGACUAUCUGAAUUCCUCUACAUAUUGGAUUGGACUGAGGAAACACAAUUCGGACAACAUCUGGAGAUGGAUGGAUGGAAGUCACUUUAACAAUUGGUAAGCCUUAGU